GCCGGUUCGUGUCCGUGUGUUUCGCGCGCGACUUCCGCCUGAUCGCUCGUUUCUUCUCCGCGGCGACUGGCGUCGAUACCUCGUCACCAGUGUUUUCUCGUCGACUUCUGCCCCCGGAACGCGGUCACCAGGUCGUGCUUCCCGAUAACGAACAGCGAAGAUUCGCGCGCGAACGAGUGAGCCAAUCCCGCGAGUCCCUCGAUCAUUUCGAAACGAGUUCUCCGCGAGUGACGGUCGAUCGAGUGUCCACCCGGCUGAGGAAUAGCGAAUAAUCGUCGCGAAGUAACAGAGAACAGUGGACGAUCAUGGUGUGACUCGGGUAGCGAAAGAGAUCUUUCGGAAAGAUCGACGAGGUCGACCGGUGGUUGUGUGGUGAUUGGUUUUGGUGGUGGUGGUUGAUACGCUCCUGGGAGUCGGAAGCCCGUUGGCACCUGGGCCUCGUUUACAUCGGUUUACUCAUGCUGGGAGUUUUGAAGCGGCGCUGGAAGCCAUCGAAAAGGGCUUCCAGCGUCCGCGGACCUGAUUCGCCCCUCAACUCGGAUCUGGCGCUCGAUAAGCCUCGCCCCAUACCAUCGCCCAGACAAAUUCAUCCCUUGUACGGCGAGAAAGCAGGGUUGUUGGGAUACUGCGAUCCAGUCGGUAACGCGGAGAAUUUCCCACCAGCCCCUAACAUCGUCGUCGAGGGUGGCAGAAUCGAGUUCGUGCGCCCCUCGCAGGAUGGCACCACCACACCCCGUAGGAACACCACCUCCAGAGGGUCGCAGACCUUCAACGACGAGCCGGAGAAGUCUGACCCUGCGAAGGUACGUAACUGGCAACGACACAAUAAUAUUUUGUCCCCAUCUCUCCUGAAAACUGUGAGUGACCUCACGUUUGAGUACUGCAAUAUUAAUCACCAACUCGAGGAGAGUUUGGAGGAACGAGUGCAGGAACUCGAACAGGCGUUGCAAGCAGAACGAGUCGCUGCUCAACGCGAUCGUGCGACGAUCACAAAGUUGCAACGACAAAUCAACAAGAGAGAGGCUACGCAACGAGAUGUGGAACGCGAACGACGACAACGAAUGGAGGCCGAAGCUCGGGUACGCGAGGCUACGGCUGAAGCUGAAAGAGCACGUUCCAGAGUCCAUCACCUUCAGAGAGAAUUGGCCAGGAUGGAGGAGUCGUCGCGGGGGCUGCUGCAGCACAAGCACAGGGCCGAACAGCUGAAGCAAGAAAAAACUGCACUCACACUUUCUUACGAGGCACGCGUGCACCAAUACCAGGCUCAGAUCUCGAAGCUCCAGCUGGAGAACGAGUCCAUGAGGGGUCAGCUCCGUGGUUUGGAGGCUGCAUGCGCUGGUGAAGUGCACGCUGCACUGGUGGCGCGUCUGGCGACCUUGGAGACGGAGCACGCCGCUUUGGCGCGGGACGCCGACGCUCAGCGUCGCCAGUACGAGCGGUGCCUGGACGACGUCGCCAACCAGGUGGUCCGCGCCCUUCUAUCCCAAAAGAGUCUGAGGGAGGAGAUCGGUGCGCUGCAGAGGCGCAUCCGCGAGCUCGAGGCGCAAAAUCGAGCCCUCUCGGGACUGUUGGCUCAAGCUGCGAGCCCUGGCAGCCCGUCGGAGUUGAUUCAAGGGAUCCUCGAAGCUGGACCAGCAGCUGUGGUGGCUGCCCUCGGUUUGGAUCCAUCUUGGGUCCCUUUGUCCAGGCCUCGGUCUCUCAAUUUACAAAUACCCGUCAUGGCGGCUACGAAAUGUCGACGAAACAGACCUUUGGCCCAAAAACCGUCGGAGGAGGAGGGCAGUGAGAGCCCGGAGAGUGGAAACAGGGACGAGGGUUACUCAACAAUGUCCAGCGAUGUUCAGGGCGAGGGCGCGCGACAGGAACCCUCCCGAGGAUUGGAGGAUCUCAAGGAAGCCACCGACGAGACCGAGGCUGAUGUUUCACCGGAUGCACGAUUGGUCGCCCUCGACGCCGGCGACCCGGACGUCCUCUUCUUGCCACUGAAUCUCACCGUGGGAAUAAAUCCACGUCACAGCUACCCGCCGACCAAAGAUUUGCUGCCGUAUCAGCACGUGAUGCGCAGCUUCUCUGACAGUCACUUGUGUCUCAAGCUAACCACAACGACCAAUUUUACACCGUACAAGCUACCCAGCCCCAUGGGAUCUUCGUCCCUCCUCCUCGUCGAGGAGGAGGGCUGGGACGCCGAGUACGUGCAACAGUGGCUCAGGUUGGACGACAGCAGAAGUGCUCAACAACAUCGAGAUCUCCUCGAGUUGGAAUACGACAGAGCAGAACUGGAAGAUUGGAGUUUCUCGUUGUCCACCGAGGACCUUGUUCAAAAUGAAACCACGGUAUGGAAGGAACCCGUUCCCACCCCCGCGCUUCCAGCAAUCAAGGAACAUAAUCCUCUGGAAUUGGAAGAGGACGCGAACGAAUGCUUAUGGAAUGGCGCCAGUUAUCUCGCUGAUAGAACAGGAGGAGAAUUGGUUGCCCUUCUCAUGGACGCCAGAGCAACCGGAUCCUGGCCGUACGCCACGAGUCCUGGUGCUUCCUGGAGCAGCGAGGAAGGAGUUCUCGAGAAUUCCAGCAAACGUUCAUCCGCGGCAUUGUCCGGCUGCAGCGACGACCCGGACUCUCCAUCAAUCGGUACAGACUUCACCAGAGACUUCUACCGAUUGGUGAAGUUCGAGAGUACGAAGAGCUUGGCCAGCACGUCGUCGAGAAGCGGAAGACCACCACCGGACAGAGAACAAGCCCUCCAGAGCGUCCUAUCCUUCAUCGCCGAGCAACAAAUGUAUUUGGCAGAGCUGCCGAACAACCUUUUGGAGCACAACGCGUCUCUUACAACGGAAGCUCUAGAGAAGACGGAGAAUAAGGACGAAUGCGGAACGGAAGGAAUGUGUAUCGAAAUGGAGACGUCCAUCGACCAGGAUAACAGCAACGCGGACAACAUUGUCGAAACGAGCAGUAACGAUGACUUGCUGGAUCAGAUACCUGUACCCCCUUUAGCACCAGAGGAGAGAAUAAUUAGCGCGGUGGCUUGUAACGGUGGUGUUUCGUACACCACGGUUGCGCCCUCCGAAUUAGGCGCCGUUCCCGAAGAAGACGAAGAAGCUGCUACUUCCUCCACGCCGAGCACAGUCGUCAGUCCAGCAAGAGCUCCGCUGCUGAUCGAGGGCAGGGACCGAUCGUUGAGCUUUCACGAACGCGCCACGUCGAAGGAUGUCAUAGACGAGCUGAAUCGAAUGAUCAGGAAGGGCGAGGAGCACAAUCUUAACCAAGAGACCCACUUGCCGCUCGAAAAAUUAGAUCUCGCUUGCUGCUGUCCAACCGGAUGGGUUCACGUUGAACGAGACAUUGACUUCACCGACCCAAAAGCAAGAGCCAAUCUUUUAGACGUGAUGCUAGCAAGCAGCGAAAGUUCUUCGGCGGCAUCGAGCAACGGAUCAGCCGGAAGUGACUCGGGGGAUGAACCGCCUGACUACCGUCACUUGCAUAGAUUACACCGAUACCGACGACAAAAGAAAGCAUCGGCGGCCCAGGCACACCGUGUGCUGCGUCUACCGUCUACCUGGGGCUCGUCGAGGCCUUCGAUCAUCGGACGGGGUGACGACUUCUUCGUGCGAUACGGGGACAAGGAACGCGAAGCCGUGGCCUCCUUCGACUUCCUUGACGAGUUCGUGGCACCCUCUUUGACGGGCUCCAACGCCAGUCUUAUCGAUUUGGAUGACACUCCGUCUCCCGACCUUCAUAGCGACAUCAUGACGCUCUCCCCGCUCUAGGAUCAGCUUCGAGGCAGGACUCUGCUCUAAAGCUACACGCUGAGGGUGGACUCUCGUCAGGGAUAGGCAAACUGUGUUGAAACUAUGCUCGAUUCCUUCCACCAUAGAAGUUUUAUGUUGUUUCCUUACAGAGUUGAAAUUUGGGGCAAAUGUUCAGGGAGAGUCUCGAUUUUUAUCAUUUUUUUAACGCUACAAAAAUUAAGGUAGAUAAAUCUUUGAAGAAUCAAAACUCAAACAAUUUGUUACCUUGAUAGAGGUUUACAUAGAAUUCUUCGUCAACUUGUUUUCUUAUAGAGAAGCUUAAAUUCGGGGCAAUUAUUCAGGGAAAGUCUCGGUUUCGAUGAUUUUUUUAACGCUACAGAAAUUAAGGUAAAAUCCUCGAAAACUAAGAAUCAUCCCUUGUGAAAUACUUAAAAAUCGUCGAAAUCGAUGCAACUUCUGUUUUUUUAAACAAUUACCAGAACAGUUUGUUAACUGACAAUAUCAUUGCACAAAUUACUGUUAAAUGCGAGCACGGUGCUAUCAAAAAAAAAUUUGACCGAUGAUAAAGCACCCUGAUACAUUGCUUACUUACGCAUAAAAUCAAUCCUGAUCGCAACCCACUAGAAAAUGAUUAAACGAAAGCAACAAUUUUGGUAAUAUUUUAUUUAUUAUAGUAAACGUACAAUAUAAUAAUCACAACUUACUCCCGAGAGAAGGGAAAGGUAACUAUUGUAAAAUUUAAUCAUGUCGAACCAUCAUUUUUGCCGUCUUGAGCUAUCUUCCAACUAUUUUAUGACUUACUACACAUUUAUUUUCUUUUAGUUUGAAAGAGUACGUAAGAUCCGGCAAAACCACGCUAGAAUAUUCUUUAUCAUCCUGCUGCCUUAAGUUACACAUUCUUUAUAAAACAAAUAUCGGCGCACAAGAUGAAGAAUCAAAUAAGUUAAUAAAUGAACGAACACAUGUAUUAUAGUUUGCCUAUCUAUGACAGAACUUCUCAAAAGUGUGCACCUUUUCUGGUCUCCAGCUACUUACUAUUUGUUACUACAUCCCUAUGGAACUCGCUCUUAAAUAUUUGAAUCUGUAAAUAGGGUACUCACUUUCCUAUAAAUAAGAACAGUUUCAUUAUUUUCAAGUUGCAUCUAUCCCCGAUGCUAUACAAUGCAUUAAUGUUUUUAUAUAUCCUUAAACAACGUGCAUUGAAGGUAACUAAAGCUAAGAGCAUCGUGUUUCGUCUGGAUAAACAAAAGUUUCAAUGAAAUAAUUGUACAACUUAUGUCACGGCAUUAACGUCUUACUUUCUAGUUUUAUUUUGGGAGCUUCCUGUUGGCGGAAUAUUCAGUGAAACUAUUUCUGAUCGGUAGAUUUUGUCGCGUCUGUCGUGCAAGAGGAUUAGUUCUACUCCGCGAAAUAAUUUCAAUUCGAACGAUGCAAUUCUUUCUUGAUUACUUAAAUUUAUAUAGACGAAUAAGGGAACGAGCAGAAGACAAUUAUUGUAUGUACUUGAAGUGUACUCUCUUUGCUCACAAGAUGGAAGUAGAUUUCUUAAUUAGCGUAUGCAUACAAGUAACACUGAAGUAUGAGUAAUAUUCCGUAAAAGGUGGUCUAAACACUAUUAGGAUGUAGCGUGUACAGUGCAUAUGAAUUACCACGAUGAAGACAUCAUAGACUGGAACUAUGACCAUACUUCAUGCUACAAAACUCGAUACAAAAUAUCAUCGGAAUUGUGUCAAGUAUUUCCAAUAGUACUUCCAUCGAUGAUCUUGUUGAACUAGAUCACAAUAAAUAAUAGUACAGAUUGAAGUAACUUUAUUAAAAGUGCAACGAGUAUUCUGUCGUAGAGAUUUACACGUCGCGUGCAGAAAAGUUUUAUUUCCACUUUCUGUCAUUUUAACCGGGAAUUUGACGUUUCGAAGAAGAAAAAAAAAAGUUAGUUACCGAUAGGACAAAGUGCAACUUUAAAACGUUUGAUUGACUAAAAACGUAACGACGUUACGUUGAACGAAUACAAGUGAUAGAGUAACCGUUUCUAUAUUUUUCAACAAAAUCUUAUGAUUUAAACGUAACGCGAUACUAAACGCGUCAUCUUCCGAAACUGAGCUUAGAAACUCUAGAUUAAGACUAUUCGACGAUUUUGUAUAAACACGAAUUUGUACUGUUUCCUGGACGAUCGACGGUAAAAGGUUGGAGACGCAUUAUAAUCUAUUAUUAUUUGUGUAAAACUCGUAUUAUACCGUACGCUACGAGCGCGUAUUACUUUCGUUCCGUGUUUAGCAAAAAAAAAAAAAGAAAAGAAAAGAAAAAAAUAUCGAGUCUACGUAUCUUGCUGAUUGUAAGAUAGUAGAGUGUCCGGGAUUCGAACAAACGCGUGAGUCGUAGACUGUAGAAAGAAAUGAAAAAUGAAACUCGAAACAAAGUAGUUUCCGUUACGAUCAAAACGCUGUACCAAGUAGAAGAUUUCGUCGUAAUUUAUACGAAAUUCGCCACGAACAUAAAUGUUCGGUAUAACGGUUAAUUUGCGUUUGGUCAAAUUAUUAGGGAUAAUAUCAUUAGUACGUAUUAACGUUAAGAUAACGAGUCGAUAGAAAUCAAGAUAUUUUACACGUAGACAUAUUAAACACGAUGGAUAUUUUCAAUAUUUGAAACGAAGACUGUAUGGGUACAAAGUUGUCUUUUGCGUUCAACCAUUUCUACCAAUUAUUCUUCGUACCAUAUUCGUAAGUCUAACCCGUCUGUUCACAUAUGGAUUAAACCGAAUAGAAUGGCACACGUAUAUGACAAAGCCCGAAUCCGAUUUUACGUUAUCAACGCGUAAAUAACUACGAAAACGAUGUAUCGUAUAAUUUGUAUCUAGUUAUCAUAGAAAUGUUAUCGUAUUGUAUUACUAAUUUUAAUAUUUAGUGACUACAACGAAGAAGUUCCGACGAAAACAACUUUUGUCCUGCAGUCUCUGAGUAAUCGAUUAAUGAUAUAGCUGUAAGGUACAUGUAAGUUACAUUAUAUCGAAAAUUCGAUUACUAAACACUGCUCCCUCUCCCCACUCCUCCCCAAUCCCCAAUCAAAGG